AGGUGAAGCGCAUCGCAAGUUUCUACUUUUCGUUUCGCCACUUCCAUCUCAUCUCAAAACACCCACAGAUUCAAACGAAACUCGUCACCAAAUUACAAUUCCCCGAGAUUUCCACUCCCAACCCACAGCCAGAGCCAACGCCAAAGGCCCGCCCCCAAACCCCGCAGAAAGAGAGGAGUCAAAGCAAAGAAUCAAAAAGUCAAGAUGUCAACCCUAAUUGAAAUUCCCUCCGAGGAAGAAUUCGCCUCUCACAUCAAAUCCCUGCCCCCGACAACCCUAUCGAUUCUCUACUUCCACGCCCCUUGGGCCGCGCCCUGCGCGCAAAUGCGCGCUGUGCUCUCCGCCCUCGCAUCUCAAUACCCCGCCACAACACCCCCAACAACCUCCUUCAUCAGCAUCAACGCCGAAGAACUCCCCGACAUUUCCGAAGACUACGACGUCACUGCCGUCCCCUUCGUAGUCCUUACCCGCAACGGCGAAGUCCUCGAAUCCAUCUCCGGCAGCGAAGCCACCCGCGUCCGUGACGCCGUCGAACGCCACGCCGGCUCAAAAGCCUCCACCGGCACGUCCGCCACAAUCCCCCCGCCGUUGGCCGCUGUGCCCCGCGAGACGGGCCCCACGACGGCUACACAGCCGCCGGCCGGUGCUGCGAACGGGGAUGCGCUAACGCAGGAGCAGUCGAAGGAGGCGCUAUUUGCGCGACUCGCGGAGCUGGUGAAGGCGGCGCCGGUGAUGCUGUUUAUGAAAGGGACGCCGAGUGCGCCGCAGUGUGGGUUCAGUAAGCAGCUUGUGGCGAUUCUGCGUGAGAGAAGUGUUAAGUAUGGGUUCUUUAAUAUCUUGGCCGAUGAGGAUGUGAGGCAGGGGUUGAAGGAGUUUGCGGAGUGGCCUACGUUCCCGCAAUUGUGGGUUAGUGGGGAAUUGGUUGGAGGUUUGGAUAUUGU